UGCUGUGAAGUCUCUGCCGCUGAGUUCGUAAUUUCGUGACGAGUGACACGCCGCAGUUCACGUAGUUGGCGCGUUUUUAUUGCCCGUUGGCCUGACGACAACGACCAAAAUUCAAGUUGGCAAGCAAAAAAAGAAGACAAGAGACAAAAAAAAAGUGUCUCAUCAUUUGGUGUGUGCUUUUGUGUCGGUGGGCAAGUGAAAUCACAAACUUUGACUAAUGAAUAAACGAAAACUGUGCCCCAAAAAAGCAAAGUAGUUUGUCCAGCAAAAGCGAAAGUUCCCCAAGGAAAGAGCUGCCAAAAUGAUGACCAAGUUGAGCCUCUGUCUUUGCCUCAGCAUCGGCCUGGCACAGGCGCGCAUUGGCUACUUCUGGCACAUUAGCGAUCUCCACUUGGAUACCAUUUACUCCACCCAGGGCGACAUCUACCGCAGCUGCUGGCAACUGGAGCGACCCGUUUCCAGCUCCAGCUCGGGCUCCAAUGCAAAUGCGGCGAGUGAGGCGCCCGGCAUGUUUGGGCACUACAACUGCGACAGUCCCUGGCGCCUGGUGGAGUCCGCCGUGAAGACCAUGAAGGCCAAGCAGGGCGACAAUGUGGAGUUUGUCCUGUGGACUGGCGAUGCGCUCUCGCACUCUGCCCAGCCGCUGUCCGAGCAGAAGCAGCACGAGAUCUUACGCAACAUCACAGAUCUGCUGGGACGCAGCUUCUCAUCGCAGUUCAUCUUUCCAGUGUUGGGUCACGAGGAUGGCAGCGGCAACUACCAAAAGAUGGGCGAACUCUGGCGCCACUGGCUGCCCUCGGAGGCGCUGGUGACCUUUGACCAGGGCGGCUACUACUCCAUCGAGCAGACAAAGAGCCGCCUGCGCAUCGUGGCACUCAAUACGAAUUUUAUGCGUUUGGACCACGAUCCACCGGAUGCCAAGGCAUCGCACAGCCUGCGCUGGCCGGUGGAGUACUAUGCGGAGCCCAAGGCCAGCGUGAGCUCGAUGUCCGCACAGGAGGAGGUGCUGGCCGAGCAGCAGUGGCUGUGGCUGGAGGAGGUGCUGACCAAGUCGCGGGAUAAGCAGGAAACGGUCUACAUUGUGGGCCACAUGCCGCCGGGCGUGGAUGAGCGACAUCUGGGUGCGCAGCAGCACAAUCAGUUAAUCUUCACGGAGCGCAACAAUCGGAGAUAUUUGGAGAUGGUGCGACGCUAUGCAUCGGUCAUACAGGGCCAGUUCUUUGGCCACCUGCACUCGGACACUUUUCGGCUGUUCUACGAUGCUCAAGGCCAACCCAUCUCGUGGCUGAUGAUUGCCCCCUCGAUUGCGCCGCGUAAAGCGGGCAUUGGCGCCUCCAACAAUCCCGCCCUGCGGCUCUACAAAUUCGAUACGGGCAGCGGCCAGGUGCUGGACUAUAGCCAAUUCUGGCUGGACCUGCCACUGGCCAAUCGUGCCCAGGAGCCACUCUGGCAGCCCGAAUACAAUCUGACACACUACUACGCCCUGUCCGAGAUCUCGGCGCUGGCAUUGCACAAUUUUGCGGAGCGCUUCACGGGCACCGAUGCCUCCUGGUUCACCAGAUACCACCGCGCGAAUGCCGUGCGAUAUCAGUCUGGUACGCCCUGCCAGGGCCUGUGCAUGCUCAAUCAUUACUGCGCCAUCACGCGCCUCGACUACGACGAGUUCCGGCUGUGCCUGGAGCAGGAGCAGCUGCCAUUGCAGGGCCGUUCGGCCAUGUCCGCGCUGCCAGCAUGUCCAUGGUGGUGCUGCUGUCUGUUGGCUGUGCUUUUUUAUGGCCUGCAAAGCAUGUUGUGGGGUAGCAGCAGCAGCAGCAACAGCAGCAGCGGGCAAUGCAGCAGCAGCAGCCGCAACCAGCGAAUUUAAGCGUUUCUCGUUUAAGCCAGUAACAUAUCAAAAAAAGAAGAAGAAUAGUGAGAGGAGGAGGAAAGGAGAAAAGGAGGAGGAAAAGUAAAUGGUGAACGGAGUACGGAGGAUGACUUGCCGCUCACUGGCUCAGCUCAGCAAUUCCUAUAUACAAAUAUAGCGCUAAUUUACUCUCAAUUAUGCCUGCGCCCCACCCACGAUGCCAAGCGAGUGGAGUACGUGUGUGUGUGUGUGUGCGGGCCAUAUCGUUUCUGUCUGUGUGUGUCUGUAUGUCUGUUUGUGUGUGUAUGUAUAU